AAAAACGGGCUGGACACAGAGCGAGACAGAGAGAGAGAGGGACAGAGAGAAAGAGAAAGAGAGAGAGACCCACACAGGCAUAGACUGAGUCUCCUGACGCAGCCACAAGAAGGACCUCAUUAUCAUUUUUUGGAGUAAACACAUUUUCGUCAUCAGGAGUUGGUUUUUUUUUUUUCCUUCUUCUUCUUCUUCUUCUUUUUAAUACAGGAUUCACGUCAUUACGAGCCGCGCGCGCAUUCCUCAGCAGGAUUUGCGCAUCUCCAAAUCGCAAAUUGUUUCUCCCAGCUCUCCAGCAGAGCGCAGUUUUAAUGUCUCUACCCGGGAGAAAGCUUUCAUAGUCAUGCUCGAGCGACGACGCUCCAUCUGAGAUUCUUGUAUUUACAAAAAGGAAAAGGAAAAAAAAAAAAAAUGGAACAGCUCUCCAAACCAGAGAGCAAAAAUAUGGAUGCGUGUCUGAGGCGACUGAAGCAAGAACUGCUGUCUAUGAAAGAAGCCGGGGAUGGCCUCCACGCUCAGAUGAAUUCAAUGAUGGGAGCCCUCCAGGAACUCAAGCUCCUUCAGGUUCAGACAGCGCUAGAAAACCUUGACAUUUCAGGUCGGCCCAUUAACCGAGGGAUCCCACAUCCUGCUACGUCAGCUCCUCCGGACGCAUCAGCAGCUGCAGCAGCUUCAGCUUCAGAAAAGGAUCACGGGUCCUGCUUUAACCAAAUCCUGCCAGUGGAGCCCAGUCCGAGCCCAAUGUCAAGUCCACAGCCGUCUUUGGCGAGUAGAAACACUUUCAGCCGAGAUGACAACAGCCCAUCUCGAAACAGAAGCAGCCUGAGAACCUCGUCUUCCUCGGCGUCCAGUCUGGAGAGUGAGAGCGAAGGGACCUCAAGAACUGCAAGAAGUGAGAACGACCUUGAGUCAAUACCCAGGAGGUGGUCAGGAUACACCGCCCCUCAGGUGGACUUCUAUGGACCAAUGGUGGGAAACCCUCCACCGGAGCCCUACCCUCAGGCGCAGGCUCCCCAUCAUGCUCAGGUGGUGGACCUGCCUGGCAUCCUGUACAGCCUCUCCAGAGAGGGUCCUUCACUGGACAGCGACUACUCCCAGGACAGCACAGAUGACGCAAGCGACUGGACCUCUUCACUCAUGAGUCGCAGCCGCAACCGUCAACCCUUGGUACUGGGCGACAACGUCUUCGCCGACCUAGUGGGCAACUGGCUGGACCUGCCCGAGGUAGAGAGGGAGGAGGUGGAAGAAGAGGAGAGGAGGAAGAGGAGAGAGGAGAGGAUGGCAGAUGGAGGAGUGGACAGACCGGACACCCCAGCUCACCCUCUCCGUCUCAGCCGCUCACAGGAGAUCUGCAGGAAGUUCUCGCUGACCACAAACAUCUUCAAGAAGUUCCUGCGCAGCGUCCGGCCCGACAGGGACAAGCUGCUCAAGGAGAGGCCCGGUUGGAUGGCUCCUGAGCUGCCAGAGGGCGACCUCUUCAAAAGGCCCAAGAAACUGGUUCCUAAAAGCUCAAAGGGCAGCUUCUACCUGCCGUUCUGGGCAAAUGGACAGCAGGGCAAAGGCAGGCCCUGUCUAUCUGAAGCAGAAAGGAACCACCAGCACCAUCAGCAAACCUUCCCCCAGUUCCACCAGCAACCAUUUGCAGGGAUUUAUUUAGACAGGAGACAGCCAGAGACUGGUCUGGAGAAAAUGCAGCCCUUGUUUGACUACAACACAGCUGUGUGGGUCUGACAGUGAGUCUCAGGCCAACAGCCCGCCAGUGAUGCCAGACUGAGUGAGUGACAGGUGCUGGGGGAUUUGGAGGGGAGUGAAUGAAUGAAUGCACGAACGAAUGACUGAGAGGCUCGGAUACAGUUAUCUUCCAAAAAUGAACCGAUACACCCGCAACGCGAUUCUCCUGCGACUGAGAGAUUAUCAGGGCAAUAUUUUGUCUGACAAUCCUAGAAACCGAAACCUUGUUUGCCGUGUGUGUCUGGGCUUGUGAGUGUGUGCUGGAGAGUGUCUGAGACAUAGUUAAAGAGAGAGUUUUUUUGAGGAUUUAUGCUGCAGGUUUUUGUAUUAUUCCAAUGUCUUUAUGCGUGUAUGCAUGUAUGACUGGUUUCUCUGGUUGUCUUAAAAGACGGUACUUAAAAAAAGAAAAUAAAAGAAAAAAAAAAUAAGGACACAUUUCUCAGAAUGUCACCACCAUUGCAGCUCUUUAUAAAAAACAUGCACAGGCUUUUUCACCUCUAUGCUACAGGACAUACUCUCAUAUCUCACUUCUUUGCAUCUAUGAAUAGAAAUGCCAACUGUUGGAUUGCAUGGUUACCGUUUUUAUAAGUGAUGCUACAAACAGCUGUUAUCGAAUGCACUGCCACUAAACACAGUCAUAAGCUCCCUUUUGUUUCCAACACCGGAAACUCAGGUUUAAUUGAACCCAUCGGCCUCAUUCACCUCGCUCAGGGAAUGAAUGCAACACAGGAGGAAACUCUGAGACACUGCCACAUUUAAAUGGGAUUUAUAUACAGUUUAGACAAGCCUCCUCAUCGCAUUUCAUCUAGUAAUAAUUAACAGCAAUACAGCGCAUGACUAGUCCAAAAGAGGGCACAUUAAACUUUGAGAUCUGUCCCUCGUGAUCAGCGAUGUUGUGCUUGCUCUCAUGUUAGAAACUUGUUUUUCUCUCUGCCAUGUAGACAUGGCACAUGUUGAGUCAACUGUCAGCCCUCCUGGGUUGUUAAGCAGGGAGAGAGAGAGAGAGAGAGAGAGAGGAGGGGGUAAAGAUGGCACAGCCAAGCACGAGUACCGACUGACUGACUGACUGACUGCCAUCUGGUACCCGGACGUUAUGUAAAGCUUGUUCACCACAAGCUCGGAGAAGAUGCAAAACGGCCCAGUUAAUCCCAAAGCGAACUGAAUUAUGAUGAUUGUGUCACAUAGUGUAUAUACAAAGGUGAACACAUUGCAGUGACAAGACAGUGAAGAGAGUGGAGGUAAAGACCCAUAAUCUCUAUCAGACGGGAUCAAGUUGACAGAAUAAAUGUACAGAUCAUUGUACAUAUUUGCCAUCAAGCAAACUGAAGCAAUAACAGACAUUUACUCUGAUAUCCCACCGCAUGAUUUUCAUGACUCUGCACACAGAUAAAUAUGUAACAGUAAUAUUACAGUUCUUACCAUCACAUGUAAACAAAGCUACCACACUUGUACUUAAACCAUAAAAUUGAUGAGUCAAUCUUUAACCUACAGUAUCUAUUCUCUUUUAUCACAAUAAACCAUUACAGUGUUUGUCAUUUCAAGCAGCAUCACAGCAGACAAGAACAAACUACAGCUUCCUUCACAAAUUCAUAGAAAUAUCAGGAUUCCCUCAGGAUUACAGAUGACACUGCCCGCUCUGACACAAAACACUUGUUCGUUUUUAUAGUGGAUCACUGUUAUGCAGCGACAAUCUGAUACUCUAACUUAUUGUUUAAAAAAAAAACUGUCAAUUUCACUCAGUUUUAAAUGUGAUACCAGACCAAUCAACUUAGCCAGCAGGGAUUAGGCCUUAGGUCUUUUGAGUGUCUUGGCCGCCCGAUCCAUAUGGUGUUGUCUCAGUAUUCAGGUCAAUACGUACCACACACACACACACACACACACACACACACACAGAGGGUCCAACACACACACACACACACACACACACAGACGGUCUACAGUCUGAGAUGUCAUAUCACAGAGUACGUGUAUGUAAAUGUAACAUUUAUUUCUUCCUAUUUACAGUUGUCUAAGUGUAAUUUUCAGCACUGUUGAUAUUUUUCAUCGGGGUUCUGCGAACCUUCAGUAGUGAUUCUGUGUCAUGUGCACUGUAAAACUGUCACUGACUCUUUGUAAAUUAAAUCUGUUUUCAGAAAGAAAUGUCACUGUGUCUUGACUUCAGUUUCGUGCAUGAAUUGGUUAAUAUGUUACUUGGUAUGUGAAACAACUUGUUAGUUAUUCUAAUGUGGAGCUAUAACCUUCCAGCAAGCAUCUGGUAAACGGCAUCUGGCUAAAUAUGGUUGAAAUCAAUAUCACAAUAUCAAUUAAAAUAUUCUCUUGAUAUAUGCAAUAUCACAUAACAAAAUGUUCAAUGCAGUCAACAGUGUUAUAUUUUUCACAACAUCUGGCGAAGCUCAUCACAAGUGUGAAACAAAAAAACCCAAUUCAGUUACCGUUUGCUUGGAAUCAUUCAUUUUGGAAUUUAAUAAAAUACGAUGUGAUCACAAUACGUUUUUCGUAAAUGCUGUGCUAUGAUUUAAAAGGAAUUGUUUGAUAUUUUUGGAAAUACACUUAAUCACUUCCUUAGCAAGAUUGAUACCACUAGCAGGCAGUUAGCUUAGCAUAAAGACUAAGAAAGAGGAGAAGCUCACCAACUAAUACAUUAUAGCCUAUGUUGGUUAUCUAAUCUGGUGCAGCACAUAAUAACGAAAUAUUGAAUAUCACAAUGGUCGAUAUAGAAAAGAAAAAUAUCAGACCCCAGCAUCAAGCCUUUGCUUUCAGCUCGUAGCUCUUAGUGUGAUUUGUUUCUCUGCUCCGCAUCCUGACUACAGUAAAGUGCUGCUGCAUGACUAACAGGUUCAUUGAGGGCAAAGCCGGCAAGAAACUCACUGCCUGUGCAUCAACUGUGCACUAAAUUGAUUCUAAAUCUGUACCACAACUCCAUCAGUGUCUUCAAUAAAUAAACAAAAGCAAUGUGAACUCUGUAGCCCUGCAGUUCAUCACAGGCACUUCAUGACACUCAAUCCCUGAGACGCUUUUUAUGAGACACACAUCAGACC